GGAGCUGGCCAGGGCUGGUGUCCCUUUAAGAGCUCUAUCUGUUUGUCACUGGAGCUGGAGCCAAGCUGUUCUGCCAGCUCCAGAGCAGGAGGGAGACGGGCCUGAACUGUAGGGAAAGCAAACAUCCCAGAGGACGGGCCAGAUCCGAGGCGAGGAGGGGGAGGAAACCCUCUGGGCCUCCCAAAAUGUUGCGGGUCUUCGUCCUCCACGCACAGAACGUUCAGACUCCGGAUACGGAUAUCAGCGAUGCUUAUUGCUCCGUGGUGUUUGAAGGGGUGAAGAAAAGAACCAAGGUGAUCAAGAACAACGUCAACCCCGUGUGGAACGAGGGCUUUGAGUGGGACCUGAAAGGGAUUCCAUUAGAUCAGAAUGCGGAGCUCCACGUCGUCGUCAAAGACCAUGAGAAGAUGGGCAGAAACAGGUUCCUGGGCGAAGCCCAUGUGCCCCUGCGGGAUGUCCUGGCAUCUCCCAACCUGGCGGCCAGCUUCAACGCUCCCUUGCUGGACGCCAAGGGGCAGAGCACCGGGGCAUGUCUCAUCCUGCAAGCCUCCUAUGUCCCGCCUCCUGGGGCUGCUCCUUUGUUUCCGCCUCCUGCCCCCCCAGAGCCAAAUCCAACCCCCGUUGAGCUGGACAUGGUGACAGAUACAGCUGGCGAGGAAGAGUCUGAAGACCCUCUUGGGACGGGCGAUGAAGCUGAUCCUUCCACGGGCCCCUCUGCGCCGGAUCAAGUCUCCCUGCCCAAGAAGCCCCCAUCGCACGUGGUCCACGGGACCAAGAGGAGGAGAGCCGCCUCCAAAAAGCUACUGUCCAACAAGCCGCAAGACUUCCAGAUCCGGGUGCGAGUCAUUGAAGGCCGGCAGCUUCCUGGAGUCAACAUCAAGUCUGUGGUGAAGGUCACAGCCUCCGGGCAGACCAAGAGGACCAGGAUCCGCAAAGGGAACUGCCCCGUCUUUGAUGAGACUUUUUUCUUCAAUGUCUUUGAGUCCCCGAUGGAGCUGUUCGAUGAGCCCAUAUUCAUCACGGUCGUUGACUCUCGUUCUCUCCGGACGGAUUCUGUCCUUGGAGAAUUCCGGGUGGAUGUUGGGACAAUUUAUGCCGAAUCCAGACACGCCUUCCUCCGAAAGUGGCUCCUCCUUUCCGAUCCGGAGGAUUUUUCAGCAGGAGCUAAAGGAUACCUGAAGGUCAGCUUGUACGUCCUGGGCCCUGGCGACGAAGCGCCUGUGGAGAGGAAGGAAACAGCCGAAGAGAAGGAGGACAUCGAAGGAAACGUCCUCAGGGCGACGGGGGUCUCUCUGAGAGGGGCUCAUUUCUCCCUCAAGGUGUACCGAGCGGAGGACCUGCCCCAGAUGGACGAUGCCAUCCUGGACAGCGUCAAGCAGAUCUUUGGCUUCGACAGCAGCAAGAAGAACUUGGUGGAUCCUUUUGUGGAAGUGAACUUUGCCGGGAAAAUGCUGUGCAGCAAGAUAGUGGAGAGGAACGCCAACCCCCAGUGGAACCAGACCGUCACUUUGCCGGCCAUGUUUCCAUCCAUGUGUGAGAGGAUGAGGAUCCGGGUGGUGGACUGGGACCGGGUCACUCACAACGACAUCAUUGGCACGAUCCAUCUCUGCAUGUCCAAGAUCUCAGCUCCUGGAGGGGAACUGGAAGAGGAGUUUCCUGUCCCUGUGAAACCUUUCCAAGCCAACAACAUCGACGAUGCGCUGGGGUUCCUGCCCACCUUUGGCCCCUGUUACGUCAACCUGUACGGCAGCCCCAGGGAGUUCACGGGAUUUCCGGACCCCUACGAGGAGCUCAACCUGGGAAAGGGAGAAGGGGUGGCUUAUCGCGGCCGGUUGCUGGUGGAGCUGGAGACCAAGUUGGUGGACCAUGUGGAGCAGAAGGUCGGGGACAUCCCUCCCGAUGACAUUCUGCUGGUGGAGAAGUACCUUCGCCGGAGGAAAUACUCUCUCUUUGCCGCCUUCUAUUCGGCCACCAUGUUGCAGAACGUGGACGAUGCCAUCCAGUUUGAGGUCAGCGUGGGCAACUAUGGCAACAAGUUUGACAGCACCUGCCUCCCUCUGGCCUCCACCACCCAGUACAGCCGGGCCGUGUUUGACGGCUGCCAGUAUUACUACCUGCCAUGGGGCAACGUGAAGCCAGUCGUGGUCCUUUCCUCCUACUGGGAAGACAUCAGCCACAGGACCGACGUGCAGAACCGCCUCUGUGGCGCCGCAGACCGGCUGGAAGAGAACUUGGCGCUGGUCCAGCUGGCCAUCAAAGCCAAGUGCUCUGUGGGCGACCUGGACACCCUUGUCGCUCGGCUGAUCGAUGAGGUCAUCGCGGACUGCAGCCAGCCACUGGUGGACGUCACCCAGAAGCCAACCAGCACCCAUCUGGACAAGUUCCUGUAUCGCUUCCGCAGCACCAAUCUCAACCAGAUUGUCGAGGCGGCUCUGAGGUUGAAGCAUGAAGACUCUGACCUGCAGAUGGUGCUGGACCAGGCGGAAGACUGGCUCUCCAGGCUGAAAUCCAUGGCAGAGGAGCCUCAGAACAGCCUGCCGGACGUGGUCAUCUGGAUGCUGCAGGGCGACCGGCGCGUGGCUUACGCCCGGGUGCCAGCCCACGAGGUCCUCUUUUCCCGGAGCGGGGCCAGUUGCUGCGGCAAAAACUGCGGGAAGCUCCAGACCAUUUUCUUGAAGUGUCCUCAAGGAGAGGUGAUGGGGCCCAGGAUCCUGGCCCAGAUCCGGGUGCAACUGUGGCUGGGGCUGGCUGUGGACGAGAAGGAAUUCAACAAGUCAGCCGAGGGGAGGCUCUCGGUCUUCGCUGAAACGUAUGAAAACCAGACCAAGCUGGCCUUGGUUGGGAACUGGGGUACCACCGGCUUGACCUACCCCAAGUACUCGGAUGUCACCGGGAAGAUUAAGCUGCCAAAGGACAGUUUCCGACCCUCCACUGGCUGGGCCUGGGCUGGAGACUGGUUCGUCAGCCCUGAGAAGACGUUGCUGUACGAUGUGGAUGCUGGGCACAUGAGCUUCGUGGAGGAAGUCUUUGAGAAUCAAGUGCGCCUUCCGGGCGGUCAGUGGAUCCACAUGGCGGAGGCCUACACCGACGUGAAUGGGGAGAAAGUCCUGUCUAAGGAUGAGAUCGAAUGUCCGAUGGGAUGGAAAUGGGAAGACGUGGAAUGGGACACGGAUCUCAACAGAGCAGUCGAUGAGAGAGGGUGGGAAUACGGCUUGACCAUCCCGCCAGACCACAGGCCAAAAUCCUGGGUGCCGGCAGAGAAAAUGUACCACACAAACCGGCGCAGGCGAUGGGUGAGGCUUCGCAGGAGGGACCUGGCGCAGAGGGAAGCUGUGAAGAAGUAUAAACAGGAGGAGCUGGAAGGAGAAGGCUGGGAAUACGCCUCGCUCUUUGGCUGGAAGUUCCACCUGAAGUACUGCAAGACCGACUCCUUCCGCCGCAGGCGCUGGAGACGUCGGAUGGAGCCCCUCGAGCAAACGGGCGCCGCGGCCGUCUUUGCCCUGGAAGGGGCCCUGGGCGGAGUGACGGAUGACAAGAGUGAUGAUGGCAAAUCGGUGUCGACCCUCAACUUUGGCGUGAACCGUCCCACAAUUUCCUGCAUUUUUGACUAUGGGAACAGGUACCACCUGCGAUGUUAUAUCUAUCAAGCGAGGGAUCUGGUUGCCAUGGAUAAGGACAGCUUUUCAGAUCCCUACGCCACCGUCUCCUUCCUACACCAGAGCCAGAAGACGGUGGUAGUGAAGAACACCUUGAACCCCACCUGGGACCAGACCCUGAUCUUCCACGAGAUUGAGAUCCAUGGAGCCCCCCAGAACGUUGCCGAGUCCCCUCCCAACAUCGUGGUUGAAAUCUACGACCACGACACCUAUGGCGCGGAUGAGUUCAUGGGGCGCUGUAUUUGCAAGCCGAGCCUGGACCACAAGCCGCGGCUGUCGUGGUACCCCAUCUGGAGGGGCAGCCGGGGCGCCGGAGAGCUCCUGGCUGCCUUUGAGCUCAUCCAGCGUGAGAAGCCGGCCAUCCACCACAUCCCUGGCUUUGAGACCGAACUUUCGUCUGUCUUCGAUGAGUCUGAAGAUUCGGACCUGCCUUACCCUCCACCCCAGAGAGAGCCCAACAUCUUCAUGGUCCCUCAGGGGAUCAAGCCCGUCCUUCAGCGUACAGCCAUUGAGAUAUUGGCUUGGGGGCUCCGGAACCUGAAAAGCUACCAGCUGGCCAGCGUGACGUCUCCCAGUCUCCUGGUGGAGUGUGGAGGACAGAUGGUUCAGUCGUGCGUCAUCAAGAACCUCAAGAAGAACCCCAACUUUGACAUCUCUGUCCUCUUCAUGGAAGUGAACUUGCCAAGGGAAGAUCUGUACUGUCCCCCCAUCAUCAUCAAAGUGAUUGACAACAGGCCCUUUGGCCGGAAGCCGGUGGUGGGCCAGUGCACCAUCCGCUCUCUGGAAGCAUUUUUCUGCGAUCCCUACAAGGAGGAGGUCGUGUUCCCUGAAAUGCAUGCAGAUGAUGUGAGCCUCACUCCAAGGGAUGACGUCCUCAUUGAUAUUGAUGACAAAGAGCCUCUCAUUCCAGUCCAGCCUGAGGACGGCAUGACCAGCUCAGCUUUCAUUAACACGCAAACUUCCCGGGCUGACCUCCAUGAAGAAGAGUUCAUCGAUUGGUGGAGCAAGUUCUACGCUUCCACGGGCGACCGGGAAAAAUGCGGCUCAUACCUGGAAAAGGGUUUUGACACGCUAAAGGUCUAUGAAACGGAGUUGGAGAGCGUAGAAGACUUUGGGGGUCUCUCGGAUUUCUGCAACACCUUUAAGCUGUACCGUGGCAAGACUCAGGAUUCCAAUGAAGACCCGACCAUUGUGGGAGAAUUCAAGGGCGCCUUCAAGAUCUACCCUCUUCCGGAUGACCCCACGGUGGCAGUUCCUCCUCGCCAGUUCCACCAGCUUCCAGCCAGAGGCCCCCAGGAAUGCCUCGUCCGUGUUUACAUCAUCCGGGCCUUUGAUCUGCAGCCAAAGGACUCAAACGGAAAGUGUGACCCUUAUGUCAAGAUAUCUGUGGGGAAGAAAUCCAUCAAUGACCAGGACCAUUACCUCCCCUGCACGCUGGAGCCCGUCUUUGGAAAGAUGUUUGAGCUGACGUGUAUUCUGCCCCUGGAGAAAGAUCUGAAGGUCACCCUCUACGACUACGACCUCUUGUCCAAAGACGAGAAAAUUGGGGAAACCACCCUGGACCUCGAGAACCGGUUCCUCUCCAGAUUUGGGUCCCGCUGUGGCCUGCCCCAGACUUACUGCAUUUCUGGUCCCAACCAAUGGAGAGAUCAACUCCGUCCUUCUCAGCUGCUCCACCUCUUUGCUCUGCAACGCAACUGGAAGCCUCCUGUCUACAAACCUGACCGGAUCAUCUUCAGAGAUCAAAUCUACCGUCUCCCAGACCUUGAUGAUGGCAAGCCCCCCAACCCACACCUGGGUCCCCCGGAGGAGAGGCUCGCCUUGUACGCCCUGCAGAAGCAAGGCCUGGUCCCCGAGCACGUCGAGACGAGACGGCUGUACAGCCCCUUGCAACCGGACAUCGAGCAGGGAAAACUCCAGAUGUGGGUUGAUGUGUUUCCCAAAUCCUUGGGGCCGCCCGGACCCCCGUUCAACGUGACCCCACGGAAAGCAAAGAGGUUCUACCUGCGCUGCAUUAUCUGGAAUGCCAAAGACGUCAUCUUGGACGACCUCAGCAUCACGGGGGAGAAGAUGAGUGACAUCUACGUCAAAGGGUGGCUGGUCGGUUACGAAGAGAACAAGCAGAAGACGGACGUGCAUUACCGGUCUAUGGGAGGCGAAGGGAAUUUCAACUGGAGGUUCGUCUUCCCCUUUGACUACCUCCCUGCCGAGCAGGUCUGCUGCGUCUCCAAGAAGGAGCAUUUCUGGAGCCUGGACAAGACAGAGAACAAAGUUCGUCCGCAGCUGGUCCUUCAGAUCUGGGAUAACGACAAGUUCUCUUUUGAUGACUACUUGGGUUCCAUCCAGCUCGACCUCAACCACAUGCUGAAGCCAGUCAAGACAGCCGAGAAGUGCACGGUGGACCUGCUUGACUCUGCGGAGAGGGUGGUCUCGCUCUUCGAGCAGAAGACAGUGAAGGGCUGGUGGCCUUGCGUGGCAGAGGAGAACGGAGAAAAGACCAUCGGAGGAAAGUUGGAAAUGACCCUGGAGAUCAUCAGUGAGCAAGAGCAUGACGAGAGGCCGGCUGGGUUGGGUCGGGAUGAACCAAACAUGAAUCCCAAGCUGGAAGACCCAAAGCGCCCAGAGACCUCCUUCCUGUGGUUUACCUCCCCCUACAAGACUCUGAAGUAUAUCCUGUGGAGGCGGUUCAAGUGGGUCUUCCUCGUCUUCCUCUUAAUCUUCAUUGUGCUGCUCUUCCUGGGGAUCUUCAUCUAUGCCUUCCCGAACUAUGCUGCCAUGAAGCUGGUGAAGCCCUUCAGCUGAACGUGGGCCAGGGAGGAGAAGGAGCUGCUGGGAAGGAGCUGGAGAACCCGCUGAGAUCCCCGGACGAUGGCGCCUUUCCAAAGUCACGGCCUGACCUCUGCCACGCUGUGCAAAGGAGGAAAGGAACUGGCGGCGCCUCCUGGCCGAAACUGCACUCUUUCAGACACACACACACACACACACACACAAAACCCCCCUCCCUCCCUACUUUUCCAACCCUGCGACUGCUGCUCAGGUGACUGAACUGGUAUACCAAAGCUGGCCUUUCCCCAACCCUCUGCAGGCUUGUUUUCUGUACAGUGGUACCUCUGGUUGCAAACGGGAUCCGUUCCGGAGGCCCGUUUGCAACAUGAAAAGAACACAACCCGCAGCGGCGCGUCUGCACACGUGCGGGUCG